AUGAGCAUUGGUUGGGAGCGUGUACGUUUGCGCAUGGAAACCAUAAAUAUGACAGAUAAUGCAACAGAUUCACGUACAAUAUCUUCACAUAUUCUAGACACUUCACUUGGUAAACCAGCGGCUAAUGUAAAGAUCAUAAUUUAUCGCUUGGAGAAUAAUCAGUGGCAGGAAUUAAAUCAGGCUUCUACAGAUGAUGAUGGCAGAGUAACGCAACUUAUAAGUUUGGAACAAUUUCAAACUGGCAUCUAUAAAUUACAUUUCAAUGUCCGUCCAUAUUUCGAACAAAAUCAAGUGAAAAGCUUUUAUCCUUUUAUCGAAAUAAUAGCUGAAUGUGCGAAGGGUCAACAUUAUCACAUUCCUUUGCUUUUAAAUCCAUUCGGCUAUAGCACAUAUAGAGGUUCAUGAAUGUUUAACGGAAUAUUAAUAUUAAAAUAUUUGAAAAA